AUGACGGACGAAGAACCUUCGCUGAAUAUUCCAUCGCUCCUAACACUAGCCGUUGUAUCAUACUUCGUGCUCCGUUGGUUUUUCAAGCGCGAUGACAACCCCGCAGGAGGCGAACGAGGUCGGGGGCGUGGCAAUGUCGUCGACCCGGCGCAGGUGGAACAGAUCGCGCAGAUGUUCCCUCAACUGAGUACGCGAGAUAUUAUGUGGGAUUUGCAGCGUAACGGAGGCAGUGCUGCAGCGACUACAGAGAGGAUCCUGACUGGACGCGGGUUGGAAACUCCCCCUCCUUCGUUCCAGCCCCAGGUCGCAAUUCCCUCUCCCAGUAUCCCGCCGACCCAGACCGCCCCGGCCGCAUCGGUACUCAAAGCGGACGGCCAAGACUUGAUAUCUCGGUACAACCUGGGUGCGAAGACCGCUAGCCCGCCUGCGGAAUCACAACCGGAAACGCCCUCCAAGUCUGCUUGGUCUCAAAAUAAAGAAGAGCGCCAGCGGUUGUUGCAGAAGCGUCGGGACGACAUGAUCUUGGCAGCACGGAGGAAGAUGAUGCAAAAGGAGCAAGGUGGUGCUCAAUGA